AUGGCUGCUGAAGUAACUAUCGAUUAUUACGCUGUGUUCCAAGUGUCACCAUCGGCGGAUCGUCACAUUAUUCGGUCGAGUUACCUCAAGCUUGCAAAGCAAUAUCACCCCGAUAAAAACAUCAAUAACCCAGAAGCCACGGCUCUUUUCCAAUCAUACUUUACACUCCUCGUCGAUGACGCUGUAGACGUCGUUUCUUUGAGGCCAUCCUGA